UGCUUCAAGAGCAUGUCAACACGUAUAUCUGCGACAUCGAACGCCCUGAAGUCUUUUCUCGCUCAUCUUGUGUCUCGCCGCGCCUCAGCCCGGAUCCUUUCUACCUUUUUAUGUGCUCUCAUUGUCAUCCUUCGUUCCUUCUCCCGCUUCGGAGGCUCGUAUGCAUUCCUUGUUCUCAGCCUCAAGGAGCUUGUAUUUUCCGUCCAAGAGGAUCUCGCUCAACAAGUCGAAAUCACUGUUCUUAAUAUCCCUGGUGCUUUCUUAGGCAUUGGUCUUUCUACUCUCGCUCGAUUUCUGGCUACGCUGUAUGAACCUGGUUCACUUCCUUCCAGGCUUAUUCCGGCCGCCUUCUUGAUAGCAAUCAGCUUUUUCGCUGGUUGGGCGAAAAGUCGACUGCCAAGGCUACACUUGUCAGCUCGGAUUUCAUGUUUUGUUUCGAUAUGGAUGUUGGCUACAACUGAGCCCUAUUCCUACGAGGAUGUCUGGCCAUUGACCAGAGAUUUCCUAUGGAUCACCAUUUCUGCCGCUGUCAUUUGUCUCUUCUCCAGCGUGAUACUCCUUCACUGGACAUCUACUCACCUUAUUGAAGAAAUUUCCUCAGCCAUUAACGACUUGCGGCGGUGUUUACUCCUGAGCAUGGAAGGCUCGUCUCUGACGGCAAUCAGCGACCUGCAGGCUAUGCACGCAAAGCUUGUUCGGAAGUCUAUCAAGUUAAGUGAGGCAUACGCGCAUGCUGCAUUUGAACUUCGCAUUGGCCGCGUCGGUGUCAAGUCUCUGAAACCUCUCAUUGGCAUCGUGGAACACCUUCGACGUGAAUUGUCUUGGGGCAUGCGCGAGCCUUAUGCCGGCACAGCCGAUGUAACCGAGCGAGAGGACUCAUUGGUCUCCUUCGACGAAUCUGUGUUCCGCCUGACUGACAAUAUACUCAAGGCGCUGACUGCCGUAGAACGUCUUAUCACCGUCGCAUACGCCAAUUCAACUCUCUAUCGCAAGAAUGUUCGUAUAGAAAAGGAUUCCGUUGUCACAGCUUCUAUUAACCUAAACAUUGCAUGGACGAACACCCAAGACGAAGUUAGGAAGCUGAAUCUUGCCACACUCACAGAGUCGCGGUCAGUUGACACAAAGAGCAGCGCUGAUGCAGUUCGUGCCCACUCCCUUUAUGUUGCAUCACUGCUCCAGAUAGCGUACGAUACGAGUCAUUUGCUUGAAGCUACUCAAAAGAUCGGAGCCAAUCAUGAGGCAUCCCGAAUCAGAGUGUGGCUUCCACGAGUAUCGUCUCAGUGGUUUGGUAUUGCACCAAGGACGUUCAUCAUGGAUGAAUACGGUGCCAACAUCGCUCAAGAGGUCACGGAGGCUGAAACAAGUUUAUCUGCACGAGAGAUUCACCAUGGAAUGGCCCCAUACCGUGCAGGAGCGCAAGAGACACAAGAGAAACGACACUUGGGUGGCAUGAAGCCUGGGGGAAACCCAGAGGCCAAAGGCAUGAGGCGUUACUCCCCAAGCUCAUUCUUGUGUCGCGUGCGACAUGUUUGGAACCACCCUCACAUGCUCGUAUUAAGACUGCGUGCAUCAAGAGCUUUCCGGAGUCUACAGCACUCCAGUCAUCUUCGCCAUGCACUCAAAAACGCAGUUGGCGUAGCUCUCCUAGGCUUAGCUGCCUUUCUUCCUCCAACGUCGGCUGGAUAUACGUGGUUCAAGGAAGUCCAUGGGCAAUGGAUGAUCAUCAGUUUUGUUUGGGUUCUGGAGACCAAUACGGGUGCUACCUGGAGGGUGGGAUACCUGCGCCUUUCGGGAACGAUCCUUGGAGCCGCCUACGCCUACGUGACAUGGCUCAUUUGCCAUAAAAACCCAUACGGAGUUGUUAUUAUGAUCACUCUCUUCGAUAUACCGAUCAGCUGGAUAAUCAUCAGGAGUUCCAUCCCAUCUCUUGGAGUAGUUGCGUCUGUGACGCUGCCUCCAGUUGUUCUCUCUCAAUAUAUAGCCACUAGCCUGACGACCUCAACAAUAGACUUGGCAUUUUACAGAGGGCUCGCUAUAUCCAUUGGUAUCAUUGCUGCGCUUUCUAUGAACAGUCUCGUAUUUCCUCGUCAUUGUCGAGUGCUCUUUCUCCAACAAAGUAGUCGUACGCUCGGUUUAUUAAGUCAACUAUACCACCUCUUGAGUCGAGAUACGUUACACCGGAGUCGCGUCUUCGGACCUAAUGACAAGAAGAAGGUCCUCAAACUAGAACUACAGAUCCGAAAUGCUCUCCACCGUUCAGGUGCCCUCAUUACCACCAUGCAUGACGAGCUCAGUCUAGUCCCAAAACCCAUGCGGCACUACAGACGGCUGAUAGAUAAAUUACAAAAGGUGCUUGAUCUCAUGACCGGUCUGCGCAAGGUCAGAGAAAACAUCCCUCGCCAGGUGACGAUCACAGCUGUAUUCAAGGAACGUCGUGAAUUCGUUUCACGGAUAUGUAUAGCACUGUUUGCCUGUGAACACGUUUUCAGAACGCGACAGCCGCUUCCUCAGUACUUACCAUCCGCGCGUCAAGCGUUGGAGAUAGUUGCUAAUUGCAUCGAAGCGCAAUUGCAGCGUGCAGUCGAAGAAGAUAGUCAGCUCCGAGGACUUCCUAUGAUUUACUCAAUUGCAGAAAGAGAGGUGAUGAUGGACCUCGUCGACACCGUGGAAGAUGUCUCGGAGCUGUGCAGGGAGCUGUUUGGAACGUCGGUGUGGCUGACGGAGACAUGGGGGCAAGGCUUAGUGGAGAAUGGGUUGGUUUCACCAGGUGAAGGAUGGCAUGGGACUUUGGGUAGAUGAGCAGUUUGCUUCACCAACACUACACAGGGGACGGAUCAGCUAUUACAGUAAUGCGCUACUUAGGAUAUUGCUCAAGUCGCGGCCGCUGUAGUGUACGCGUUAUUUGUUUGGAACAAACAACGUAAC